AUCAUAGAGAAAAAAUUUUGUUUAUUUCUCCGAGCUAAGAUAUUGUGCUAAGUGGUCCAGAAUUUUCUGAAAUUGUUUUGAUUAGAGGAAAAUAUGUCACUACCAAAUCCAUCAGGAAAUGCAAACACUGAAGAUGAUGAGCUUACAUUACCUCGUGCUAGUAUAAACAAGAUGAUAAAAGAACUUGUACCCUCCGUAAGAAUAGCAAAUGAAGCUAGAGAGCUGAUUCUCAACUGUUGUACAGAAUUUAUUCACCUCUUAAGUUCAGAAGCAAACGAAAUAUGUAAUCAGUUGCAUAAAAAGACUAUAAACGCCAAACAUGUGUUAAUGGCUUUAGAGAAACUAGGUUUUGCAGACUACCAAGCUGAAGCAGAAGCAGUUUUAAAAGAUUGUAAAGCUGUAGCUGCUAAAAGAAGAAGGCAAAGUACUAGACUUGAAAAUUUGGGUAUACCAGAAGAAGAAUUGCUAAGACAACAACAAGAGUUAUUUGCCAAAGCUCGUCAAGAACAAGCAUUUGCAGAACAGCAGCAAUGGGAACAGAUUCAAGCUGCUGUGGCUGCUCAACAAAUAGGCUCUAUAUUCCCAAUGGAUGAUGAUAAUGACGAUUAUUCUUAAUCACAUUAGUUUAUUCUAAUACCUGGAUUCAAAAAUCACUUUGUUAGGUAGAAAUAAAUAUUAUAGUCAUAAUUACUAUGUAGAUGAUUUGACAUAUCAUUAUUAUUUUUUUAUAUUCUUUCAUAAAAUGUUGUUUUGAUUAUUGUAAUUAACCAUUACACUGUUAUUUUUCAUUAA